AUGGAUUCCUGUAUUGUCUGCGAUAACCUUGUUUGUCCUCGUCAACAAGCCCUCCUUUGUGAGGGAUGUGAGCGUUGGCAGCACCGUACCUGUCAAACGGGCAUCUCCCAGCUUGAUUAUCGUGGAGCAGUCCGUUCCGGGCAAUCAAUCAAUUGGCACUGUGUGGAGUGCGAGAACCCCAUCCUGAACAGUACUCCCCUACUGUUUACCGAUGAUGAACUAGAACAGUCCAUGUCCGACUUACCAGCCAGUCCUGACGCUGACUUUGAGCCUCCAUCUCCAGCCAAUCGGUCCAACUUACCAUUCAGUCCUGACACUGAGUUCGAAUCCCCAUCUCCAUCCAAUCUGUCCGACUUACCAUUCAGUCCUGACCCUGACUUCGAGCCCCCGUCUCCAGCCAAUCAGUCCGACUUACCUGUGGAUGAUGAGUCAUCCUUAGCUGAAUCGCCGACCGCGAGGCAAAACCUCUCCAACCCCUUGGACAUCAGUUUCCAGGUCAUUAAUGACUGUACCAACAAAGGACGUCCCAAGCUGAUAGACAGCAGAAGCUUUAGCUAUGGCAUCAAACGUCGUAGAGCCAAUGCAACCGACUGGGUGUGCACCAUAAGACCUAAGGUCAACCCAUGUAGAGUCAACGUCAUAGAACGUGGUAACGGUGUAUACGAGCUCGGAUCCAACGCACACAACCAUCCAGCUGACGUCGGAGCAGCGUCAGCCGCAAAGAUCACUUCCAAAGUCAAGGCCAGAGCAGUCGCAGAUGUCUUCAAACCAGCGUCCACCAUCGUCGAAGACGUCCUGUUAGAAGACCUUGAUGACAUCCCGUGCCCCAGUUUGCCCAGGCCAGAAAACAUUGGAAGGGCAGCUAACCGUCACCGUCAGAGACUGAGACCCAAAGACCCACAGGACUUAGAGUUUGAACUAGCAACUGACCGUAUCCCAUCAGAGCUCCUGCGUGCUGACCUGAGAGUCCGGAGUCGGAGACACCUGGUUUUUGCCGCUGAUCAGCAGCUCGAGUUCCUUGCCCGUGCCAAGUCUUGGUACAUCAACACCACAUUCAAGCUG